ACCGAUUGGCUGCUUCAGAGCUUCAGUUCCGCCGGAAACAACUAUGACGACAAAGCUGACUUGUGGGCCGAGUAAAUGUUGUUGAAGUGUAGACAUGCUGCGUGUUGCACUAACCGUUGAAUGAGCUCCACUCGUUCCUCGUUCCUUUUGGUCUGGUCCGUUCACAGAGGAGUUAAAUGGCGACGUUAGUUCUGGACAACGGAGCCUACACGGCGAAGAUCGGCUACAGCCAGGAGAGCGUCAGUGUCAUCCCAAACUGCCAGUUCCGCUCUAGGACGUCCCGGAUGAAGACCUUCACGGCCAACCAGCUGGACGAGAUCAAGGACCGUUCUGGCCUCUUCUACAUCCUGCCCUUCCAGAAGGGUUAUCUGGUGAACUGGGACGUCCAGAGGAAAGUGUGGGAUCACUUGUUCGGAAAGGAGAUGUUUAAGGUGGACUUCUCAGACACUAGCGUCAUCAUCACUGAGCCCUACUUCAACUUCUCCUCCAUUCAGGAGUCCAUGAACGAGAUCCUGUUUGAGGAGUACCAGUUCCAGUCGGCCUUCAGAACCAACGCCGGCUCCCUCUCUGCUCACCACUACUUCCACUCCAGACCCUCAGAGCUGUGCUGCCUGCUGGUGGACAGCGGCUUCUCCUUCACCCACGUGGUGCCCUACUGCCGCAGCAAGAAGAUGAAGGAGGGCAUCCGCAGGCUGAACGUGGGAGGGAAGCUGCUGACCAAUCACCUGAAGGAGAUCAUCUCGUAUCGCCAGCUGCAUGUGAUGGAUGAGACUCACGUGAUCAACCAGGUGAAGGAGGACGUCUGCUACGUGUCUCAGCAGUUCUACAAAGACAUGGAGGAGUCACAGCUGAAGGGAGGAGAGAACACGGUGGUGAAGGACUACGUCCUCCCGGACUUCAGCUCCAUCAAGAAAGGCUUCUGCAAGCCCCCUGAUGAGAUGCUCUUCAGUGGGAAGUAUAAGACCGGGGAGCAGAUCCUGCGUCUGGCUAACGAACGCUUUGCUGUCCCUGAGAUGCUUCUCCACCCGUCAGACAUCGGCAUCCAGGAGAUGGGGGUCCACGAGGCAAUUGUGGACUCCAUCCAGUCUCUGCCUGAAGAGAUGCAUGCCCACUUCUACCAGAACGUGGUCCUGACCGGAGGGAACACUUUGUUCCCGGGCUUCAGGGAGCGCCUGGAGGCGGAGCUUAGAUCGCUGGCCCCCGCCCACCUCCCUGUGUCCGUCCUCCAACCCGCCAAUCCCAUCUGCUACGCGUGGGAAGGAGGGAAGCUGCUGGCUCACAGUCCGGACUAUGACGAGGUCGUUGUGACCCGUGAAGACUACGAGGAGAACGGACACUUCAUCUGUGAGGAAAAGUUUGAUAUUUGACCGGACAGGAAGUCUCUUCUGAGGAAAUAAAGUGUACAGAGAAUGAUCCUCCUUCAAAGGAUAAAGGCAAAGAUGAGGUUUUGUUUUACUUUAUUGUUCUUUUUAUAUCCAUUAUUUUUAUAAACAGGUCAAAGUUGUGUUUUAUUGUGAGUAAAAUCUGACACCCGAUAAUUCCUUGUUGUGGUCUUAUUUCAACAUUUAAGACAUGUCUUAUUUUAAAAGUCCAUAAAGUCUAAGUGAACCGCUUUGAAAUGAAGCUCUGGAGACGUUCUGCUUCAUGUGAGCAGCAUAAUGACCUUUAUAUUGUAGAGGUCACAUGUUGCAAUGGACAGACUGAAGCAGACUCGUCCCCACCAGAAUUCAGUCCAUCGAGGGUGGUGUCAUCUGCAAACUCCAGGAGCGUGACGGACUGGUGACUGGAGGUGCAGCUGUUGGUGCACAGGGAGAAGAGCAGAGGGGAAAGAACGCAGCCUUGAGAGGGAGAGACGUGUUUCCCUAGCUUGACGUGCUAAUUAAUUAAUGAAGUAUAGCAUUAAUAGGCCUAAUUGUACUUAGUCAUCAGUACUUGUACUUUACAGUGUGGUAUCAUGUACUAACACUAUCAAUGCAGGACUGGGGCUUGGAAUAGUACUUUUUCAAAAUGGUAUUUGUGUAUUAUAGUGUUGUAAAUUAACUUUUAAGCGUAUUUUUACAUUGUGGUAUUAGCACUAUUUCUCAUGAGUUACUGUGGUAUUAGUACUUUUUUGGACCACUGAUUAAAAAAAACGCUCAUUCCUU